AUGUGAAAGAUCCUCGAGCAUCUGUGCUACUCAAUAGAACAUUUGAUGGUUUACCACCGUGUCUAUUCAUAGUUGCUGAUCUUGAUAUUCUUCGAGAUGGAAACUUAGAAUAUCAAAAAUUGCUUGAAAAAGCUGGUGUUCAAACAAAAUUAGUACUAAUGAAAAAUGUCAUUCAUUUAUUUUUUACUUUACCAGGAAUUUUUCCACAAACAUGUGCAGAAGCGACUGAUGCUAUUCGAGAUUUCAUGGCGUCAAUUUGA